UUAUUCUCCGAUAGGCUGAAAAAUUUGCAAAAUUGAUCACUAAUCGUAGAAUGGAAGGCCCCAGCAGCAUGGUGAGAGUUGAUACGUUGCGGAAUCUACAGAACCUGGCCAAGGAAGGAGAUGUGGAAGCAUUAUUUUCAAUACUUGAAGAGGAUCCCAACGUUUUAGAGCGUAUUGAUCAAGUACCAUUUGUGACAACUCCCUUGCACACAGCUGCAAGGGAGGGAAAGUUCCAUUUCGCCAAGGAAAUACUAAACUUAAUGCCAUCAUUUGCUUCGAAGCGAGACCAUCUUGGGCGUAGCCCCCUCCAUUUGGCUUUGGAAGGGAAGCACCUGCAGAAAGGGCUGAAUCCUUGUGAUCCGGAUUUGGAGUUGCAGUACCAGAAAAUUGUAUCAUGGUUGAUAAAACAUCCCAGUGAGCUUGUCCGUGUUAAAGCAAAGGGAAUGGCUACUCCUUUGCACUAUGCAGCUGAACUAGAUGAUGAAUCCAGUUUGGAUGAGUUUUUGCAUGUUUGUCCAUCAUCAAUAGAAGAUUUGACUGUUAAAUCUGAAACUGCCAUCCAUGUCGCCAUCAAAAACAAGAAUUUGAAUGCCUUUAAAGUGUUGUUAGGAUGGCUUCGAUACUUCAACAAAAAAGAGAUGCUGCACAGUAAGGACGACGAAGGAAACAAUGCAUUGCAUACAGCAGUAUCUGCAAAUCAACCUGAGGUGGUGAAGCUGUUGAUUGGAUGUAUGAAAGUGAAUAUAGAGAACAGUAAUGGUUUGACAGCUUUGGACAUGGCUCAAGGUGUGGAAAAUGCAGCAGUUAGGAACAUUCUACUUACUGCUAAAGCGAAAACUGCAUCUGAACCCCAUCCGCCUUUAAGAGGUUCAGAAAAAACUUUGAAAUUCAAGAAGUUUUCUGAUGGCUUAUCGUGUUCAGAUAGAAUUGGGAGAAAAUUAAGGCGGUGUUUCCCAGACUUAAAUAAAGUUCCUAUUGAAGUCCGAAAUAUGCUACUUGUGUUUGCAAUUUUGACCGCCACAGCCACAUACCAAGCUGCACUAGCUCCCCCCGGAGGAUAUUGGCAAGAUGACGGCAAACUGCAGCCUGCAGCGAACAACACUGGUAUCAGUAACACCACCACCUCCGCUAUCAGUAACACCAACACCACCACUGCUAUCAGUAACACCACCACUACCGCUAUCAGUAACACCACCACCACCAUCUCUAGUACAGAGCCUUCUGAACAACACCUUGCAGGGAAUAUGAUUCUGGCGGGGUCUCGAUCACAAUUAAUUUUUCUGAUCUGUAAUUCAUUGGCUUUUUCUACUUCUGUGUGCCUAAUUUCGAUUCUCCUAACUGGCCUCCCAUUUCGCGGAAUCAUUCUCACAUUGAUUUUUUUUAUGGUAGUUUCGUAUCAUACUUCUAUUCUUGAAACUUGUCGCAUCACCAAUAGUGCCUCUACGAGGAAAUUUUUUGCGUUUUUUAUUUUUGAAAGUACUUAUUUUGCAUGUUAUUUUUCCUCUUUUAUUUUAACUUUCUACAGAGAUGUAAACGUAGGAAAGUGAACUUAUUUUUAGCUGCUGCUUGUUUAUAUUUUGUUGUUACUUGUAAUGUUGUCUCCUUUUAAUAUAUUUAAUGAAGUUGUUUCUCUGA